AACAUAAACAUAGCCACAUGGCCGUAGCGCGUUGCAGUUUCGUUCUCCGUGUUUUCGUUGUGAAGAACGAAAAUACCCGCCACAAUGGGUAGAGACCACGAUAGGAGGCACCAUCACAAGUCGAGUCACAAACGCAAGCGCAGUGAAGACCUUGGCGACAGCGACAGCGGUCACAGCAAACACGGAAGGCGACGCAGCUCGUCAUCGAGGUAUGACAGUAACCAUCACGGUGAUCGUGACAGUGGCCGCGAGCGACAACACAGUUCAACACGGCGCGAUAGUGGUGACUACAUUGACGAUCGCCGCACUGUGCCUAGACGGCGUGAACAACGACACGGCUCGCCAAAUGACACUGACCGCGUCCAACCGAAAGCGGAGAGAAACAGUCGAACUGGGGAACGGAAGAAUCUGUCGCAAUUUCGACACGAACUUUCGCGAAUAUUUUUUGGCGACAACAGCCCUAUCAGCAGAAAUUCUAAGCAAUACGACAACUUCUGGACAUUCCUCAAGAAGUAUGAAGAGCGAAAGCAAAAAACUGCAGUUGAGGCUGGAACUUCGAAAGCUGACCCAUGGGAGUGUGCCGAGCAGUCACUGGGCCUACCUCCAACUUAUGAUCCUGUUCACAAAGUGAACUUCUCCAUAUUCCCCGAGGAGCCCAAAGUCCUCAUGCUUGACGCCGGUGUGCACAUCGACAGCAGCGACGCGUCGCACUCCCUCACCGAAGAAGAUGUGGCCGAAGUUCGAACAGUCUUCCACCUCUACCUCGACUUCCUGCAGAGGCAGAAGUUCCAGAAGCUCAAGAAACUGCGUGAGUUUCAAAAGAACCUGCCCAUCGCUCAGUACAAGGACGGCAUCUUGAAAGUGGUGUCGGAGAACAGCGUCGUUCUGAUUGCCGGUGACACCGGCUGCGGAAAAUCCACACAAAUACCGCAGUACCUGCUCGGCGCAGGACUGGAAGGCAUCGCGUGCACGCAGCCGCGGAGGAUUGCUGCUAUCUCCCUGUGCAAGCGUGUCGCCUAUGAGACGUUAAAUGAGUACAGGACUCACAUUGGUUACCAGAUCCGGUUCGAGAAGCAUCGUAGCAAGCACACGAAGAUGUUGUUCCUGACGGAGGGACUGUUGUUGCGGCAGAUUGCCAGCGACCCCAUGCUGAAGGAGUACAAUGUCAUCAUCCUUGACGAAAUCCACGAGCGGCACCUCACGUGUGACUUUCUCUUGGGCGUCGUGAAGUGCCUCAUGCAGCACAGGAAGGACUUGAAGAUCAUCCUGAUGUCUGCAACCAUCAACAUUCAGCUUUUCUCCCAGUAUUUCUACAACUGUCCUGUAGUACAGGUUCCCGGGCGCCUGUUCCCAAUUCAAGUGCAAUACCACCCUGUCACUGUGGAGGAGAAACGCUCUCGUACGGGUCGUCUCAAUCCGGCACCUUACGUCAAGCUGUUGAGCCUCAUUGACAACAAGUACCCCAGCAACGAGCGCGGCGACCUGCUGGUGUUCCUGAGUGGCAUGAGCGAGAUCUCGGCUGUGCAGGAGGCGGCAGAGGAAUAUGCCAACCAGAACGGCCACUGGAUCAUCCUUCCCUUGCACAGCACGCUUUCAUUGGCUGAGCAGGACAAGGUAUUUGACUAUGCACCAGAGAAGACACGCAAGUGCAUUCUGUCAACCAACAUUGCCGAAACGUCCGUGACCAUUGAUGGCGUUCGGUUUGUCGUUGACUCAGGCAAGGUGAAGGAGAUGAGCUACGACUCGGCCAGUCACAUGCAAAAGCUCAAGGAGUUCUGGAUCAGCCGUGCCAGCGCCGAACAACGCAAAGGCCGUGCAGGCCGAACGGGGCCCGGCGUGUGUUUCCGGCUGUACUCCGAGGCCGAGUACGAGGCACUGGCCGCAUACUCGACACCGGAGAUCCAGCGUGUGCCCCUCAAUUCGCUACUGCUCCAGCUCGUGGCACUCGGGCUGCCUGAUGUACGAAAGUUUCCCUUCCUUGAGCCACCGCCCUCGGAGAGCAUAGAGGAGGCUGUGCAGACACUCAAGGAACAGGGGGCCCUGACCGCGGAUGAAGACCUGACACCAACAGGCCGGAUUCUGUCGCAACUUCCAGUGGACGUCACCAUUGGGAAAGUGCUCAUCCUGGGCUGCGUCUUCCGGCUGGUGGACCCGAUACUGUCACUCGCCGCCGCCCUCAGCAUCCAGUCACCGUUCACGCAGAGGUCGUUUCGAGACCUCGACGCUUCAGCAGCACGCAAGAGCGUGGACUCGGACCACGGCGACCCGUUCACGCUGCUGAACGCGUACCACGAAUGGCUCGCAGCCAAGUCCAGCUACGGCGAAGACACCCGGAAAUGGUGUCGCCGUCUGGGGCUUGAAGAGCAGCGCUUCUACGAGAUGACAAAGUUGCGGAGCCAGUUCAAGAAGCUUCUACAGGAGGUGGGCCUGAUGGAGAAUGAAGUCGAGGUCACGGACAGUGUUGCCCGUAUCCAGCGGCACGGUGAGAUGAAGCAACUGAGAGAUCUGCGGAGGCAGCUGCAGAAGGCACCGAGGAAGAAACGCAUACUCCGUAUCGGGAACUGGGGCGACGAGGAUGAAGAAGAAGAGCAAGUGGACAUCAAGGACGUUGAGUUCAGGCUACAGCAGGACCCGACUUUAGUUCAGGAGUUCCUUCGUCGCAGCCGCAGUUUCGGUUUCCACGACCUCAGCCUGAUGAAGCUGAUCCUGUGCUCCGGUGUGUAUCCUCAGAUCGCCAUCUCGGACGAUCACAAUUCUUACAAACGGGACUCGGACCAACUUUUCCACACCAAGGGCAAGGGAUUCGUGGUCCUUCAUCCCAACAGCGUCCUCGCUCUGCAUGCGGAAGUGCUACGUCUGGAUGACAUGGACGUCCUGACAGUCCCCAACUUCAGGAGUAACCUGCCCGUCAGCUCAAAGCACCAAGUGGUGGCAUUCAUGUCUUUGCUGGAAACGACCAAGCCUUACCUGCUGAACUGCCUGAGGGUCCAGUGUGUCCAGAUGUUGUUGCUGGUCUCUUCUGCCAUUGAUUCCAGUAUGACCAUGUCGAGGUUGGUGUUUGACGAAUUUGUCGAAGUGACGUUUCCCGACCCAGAUGAGGCCCUACAACUCCUGCUGAAGGUCCUCGCCGCACGAAACCUUUAUGAGAGACUGGUCGCGCACAUGCUCGAGGAGACGUUGUCAUCCGAAGACAAAAAGGAGCCCAGCCCCCAGGUGAGGCACAUGCAGAAGCAGUUGAGGAAGAGAUACGAUGCCGUGUUGAAGACGGAGAUUGCCUACACGGUCAAGCGUCUGCUUCCUGCCGAUGUGAAGCACCUCUACGCCGGUGCCCAAGCAUUCCGUGCACUUGCACAGGAAAAUGAAGAUGGCCUGUCUGAAGACCGGUUUAAAAUGAAUCCAAGAAAAGGAGGAGUCUUCAUCAGCGGCUACUUCACCUUUGGGUGCCUGGAAGAAAUCAGCAUGCCCGAGGAGACGCUCGUUGACAAAACUUGCAAGUGCCCCCUUUGCGACUUGGAGCUCCCAUUUGCAGUCAUGGAUGCUGUUCUUCACUUGGACGCUUGCGACAAGGACAACCUAAUCACCAAAGAUGCUGGAAGCUGCCCCCCAACAGAAGAUGAGGUGUUAGCGGAAGACGAUAAGAGUGACCCUUUGAAAAAGGCCUACUUCUGCAAGGAAUGCAGCAGGGAGCUGCGGCUGACACUCCCGGAGAUAUUCCAGCACCGAAAGACCCACCAGUCUACGUCACAAGAUGGAUGAAAAAUCACCAUGCACUCUACCAAAGAAAGACUCACCCAGAAAUCCUGCCGCAACCAUGUCCUUGAGAAUUUGCGGGUUGCCGCCCUGGAAGCGGCUGCCAAACUCCUUGCCCAGGUACUCAGCAAUGUGCUCGGCGACAUCGAUGCCCACUUCGUCGACCAGCGUGGCCGCGCCGACGGGGAAGCCAAAUUUCUUGGUCAAGGAGUCCAGCUCCUUGACUGUGACUCCCUCCUGCACAAGUCCCACACAAA